CAGAUUCACUGUGCGUCUGGCGAAGAGGAAGCUGGUCAUUCCAAUUGGGGAGGGAAAAGGCGGAGCGGGAAGCGGAGGUGGUAGAGGGAUCGGGGAGACCUUAAGCGCAUUGAAAAAACAAAAACAAAAAAACUGUGGGGAGGCGAGCAUUGAGUUUGUGGAUCUCGCCGUUACCGGAGGGCCCUCGGGACGUAAGGAGCUGUCUUGCCUUCCGGCCCGGCAACGUCCGUCCUAGGCUCAUUUUUUCCUGAGCUGUGAGUGGCAGAGAACCCUCUCACCGGGAAGAGAGCUCCGCGCGAGGCUGGCAGCGGAACUCGGUGGCGGAGCUGCAUUUCCGGGAGGAAGGAAACCCAGGACGGACCGCGCAGCGCAUGGCGGCGGGGUUGUGCAUGGAGGCGCAGCAGUCUACAGACCAGAAGCGGCCCGAGCGGAAAUCGGGACCUGGUGGUCGAGGCCGUGGGACCAACAAGAAGGGCAAGAAGCAGACGCCUUCCCAGGCCGGGUCGAGCGCCCCAGACCCAGAGCGGGGUCGGGGUCCUGAGAAGGUGACUCAGCCUCCGGAUGAGGAUGAGCAGAUGCGGCUCCAGAGGGAGCUGGACUGGUGUGUGGAACAGCUGGAACUGGGCCUGAGGACUCAGAAAUCCACCCCAAAGCAAGCGGAACAGGCUGCUCGAGCGGUAAAGACACUUCGGAGUAAUCGAGCAGAGUUGCCCAAGAAACGUCAAGUGAUGCGGUCACUGUUUGGGGACUAUCGGGCACGCAUGGAGGAAGAUCGGAAGGCAGCCCUGAAAGCCAUGGAAGUUGCUGCUCGAUCUGCCCGGGUUCUACCUGUUGAAGAGGCUGUCCGAAGAAAAAGUAGCCGGAUCUGCAGGCAUCGUGGAGGCGGAGGAAUGAUUUCUAUCUCUUCUCCAAAGGAAGAAUUUAGGUUUAACUUCUUUUAGCCCCUGCCUACCAGGAACCCUUUAUUUCUACCUAAAAACCAUCCCCAGCUCAUUCUGGGGGCUUAGGGUUUCCUCAGAAAAUUUUGGGGAAGUCAUCUAGUAAGUAUGAUCAGGAUGGCCCAGAUCUGGCUUUUUAGGUAUGUGGUCAUUAUCACUGAAACUCCUGCUUGAGAUGUGGGGUCACCAUGACUCAGACCCCUUGUGGAAUAGACAUGUAGUUGCCAUGUUUUGAAUUCCUUGAAGACAGAGUAGGUUAGUCUCUCUUGUGCCCUGGCUGGAGGGUGAAGAUGGAGGCAGUUGAAACUGCUUAAAACAGACUGGUUGGCUUUUACUUCUUGGCGACCUUGGUGCCUGUAUUUCUUAGUGGGAGAAAAGAUUUUUGUCCAGUAAAAUCCUCCUUCAGCUUUCUCACGAAUAUCUCUCUGGGACUACAGGAUGGGGUACAAGAAAAGGGUACUUACAGAAUGGUUUUAGAAACCAGGCUGGGGACAGCUAUGUUGAGAACCAGGCCUAGAGAAGUUCUAGAUUCAAAUCUGAUCUCAGGUACUUCCUACCUAUGUGACCCUGGGCAAUUCACUUCACCCCCAUUGCCUAGCCCUUACCACUCUUCUGUCUUGGAACCAAUAACUAAUAUUGAUUCUAAGAUGGAAGUAAGGGUUUAAAAAACAAAAAGAAACAAAGCAGUCUGGGCAGAGUCAACUUCAGGGCCAGCAGUCAUGGUGUGACCCUAAAGGGUGGUAUGAUCCUAAUUUCUCAACCUCAGUGCCUUCAUACCCUCCCCCAAAGGGUGCCUUCUUCCUUGGAUCAGGAGUUGGGGCAAAGCUCAUUCCAUGGGAGUCCUAUCUCAUGGAUUUCCUCAUUGGGCAGAUUUUCCAAAGGACUUGCAGGAUUAAAGCUGGAACACUUGCUCCAAUUUGGAUCAAUUAGUCAACAACACUGGUGAAAUGUCUACUGGUACUACAGGAGCUCUGGGAACCUUCAGAGAGAAUGAAAUGGUCUUUGUCCUUAAGGAAUUCCAUUCUUUUGGUGAAAGCAAAAUGUCUACACAUGAAUACUUACAAAGAAAUUAUAAGCUAGUUUAGAUAGGAGGGAAUGGCCCUCACAGUUGGCAGCAUCCAUAAAGGCUUUGUGCCUUUUGUUUGAAGUGAAUCUUGAGAGAAGUGAGUGGUUUGAAGAGGUGGACCUGAGCCCUGGCCUGGCUUGACAUGUUCCUUUGACCCUUCUUGCUGGAACUGGGUUGUGUGGCAAUGUAGUGCCUUUUUGCCACCAGUUAUUGAUCCACCACCAAUUCUUAGAGGAACUACCUUUGCCCUCUCUGAAAGUUUCUUGUUUUUGCUAUCACUGUACACUGAUCUUGGGGAUGAUAGGAGCCAGCUGAGUUGUGGAUUCUCACCCUUACCUGCUUUGAUCUUUUUCUCCUCUCAAAGAAUGACCUUUAAGGGGAAAGCACUACUUGGAAGUUGCCUUCUAAAUAGUAGCUAUGAAGAAUAUGAUUAGAAGGGCAGAUUUUUCUUUUAAGAUCAUGUGAUGGUUAGGAUCUCAGAAAGAUUAUCCAGUUCAACCCUGUGAUUUUUAUUAAAUUUUUCAAAAAUUA